UAACGCGGUUAAUAACAGCUGAUGGCUUAAAGAGACGUGUGUAACACUCACGUUUGAGCGAUGGCUCAACAAAAAAAUAUCCGCACAGAGCAACCCUGCCGCCUAUAAAUGGAAUAUUUGGGUCCCACGCUAACAGUUACAGUUUGAGUACAACGAGUGCAGUCCGAUUUAAGAAUUGUCGAGAUGUUCCGUAUCAUUAGCUGUGUAGUGCUGUUCAGCACUUUGAUAGCGGGAUUUCCAUUUCCAUUCCCUGCGGCGCCUGUAGUACCACCUACUGCUGUCAUCCCUACGCCAUUCCCAUUUGUCCCAGGAUCCACGCCGGUAGUACCAACUACGGUUCCCUUUGCAACACCAGUCAGGCCGGUGAUUCCUACUCCCGUCCCCGUCCCACUAGCUCCAGGCGCUAGGCCAGUUUUGCCUGCCAUCAAUAACCCUUACUACAACUACGCUGGUGGCCCUGCUAUUCCUAUUCUAUCGUAUUCAAGUGAACAUGGUGUUGAUGGAACUUAUGCCUUUAGUUUUUCUACCGCUGAUGGCAAGCAAGCUCAAGAAAGUGGAUAUUUAAAAGACGCUUUCAUCGACAAUGCUGGGAACCCACAAGGAACGCAGGUUGUCCAAGGAAGUUAUGCUUACAUCUCGCCUGAAGGGACUCCCAUUCAAGUGACCUACAUCGCCGACGAAAACGGAUUCAGACCUUCAGGUGUGCACAUUCCUGCUGAUGGAAAAACUGCACCCAUUCUACCAGUAGAUACCGUUAAUAAACAAAUCUUUGAUCCAACAUACAACCGCUUCGAUCCUUACAGAAACAGGUAUAACAACUUUGGACCCUACAAUCGCCCUUACGACCCUAGGUAUCCCUACGACCCAACGAAGAUAAACCCUAUUUACAACCCCAAUACCUAUAAUCCUUACCGCCAAAAUAAAAGUUAUAACCAAGACACUAAAAAGGAAUCCGCAUAAAGACAAUGAAUGAAAAAUCAUGCAAAUUCUUUGUAUAUAGAAACGAAAAUGCUUAUUUGUAAUGGUCUAUGAAUAAAACUGUG